UUAAUAAUAGAUAUAAGCGAAGAAAAAAUAAAAUAGAAAAAAAAAUAAAAAAAAAAAAAAUAAAAAAGAACGAACGAAGAAGAAAUCCCAUAGAGGAGAAGAUAAAAAAGGAAAGAAAAAAAAAGUAGGUGCUCCUCGGAUCGAAGUAUAAACAAGAACAAGACGAGGGAGAGGAUAAAACGGGGGGAAAAAAAAAGAAAAGAAAAAAGAAAAGAAAAAAGAAAGGAAAAAAGAAAGGAAAAAAGAAAGGAAAAAAGAAAGGAAAAGACAAAGCAUGAAGACGUGGGACGUGCGAGUCCGCAGUAAGUGAGUCGCGUGUGUCGGUUUGGGGGGGUGGAGUUGGCAGGUGGAGGGGGGCUGGUGGGGGGUAGGAGACAGGUGUAUUUUCGAGAGUCGGGCUCAAGUGCCCGAUCAGUUGUGUGAUGGUCUCAGGGUGGUGCCCGUGCGUGCCGUUAGGGCGCCGGGAAUCACCGGCCCAACAACAACCGCCAUCAUCAUCUUCAUCAAGAGGAUUCACCAACGACGGUGCACCGUUCACCGUCAGCGCCGCGACGGACCGAGCAGAAAUGGUCCAAAUGUUCUAUUACGAGAAUCGUGGCAAGUGUUGUAAGAAACUCCUCAGAUACAACGGCUAUCCGAACAAGGUCCUAUUGUUUCCAGAAGAAGGUUGGGCCAGGAGUGCUAGCAGUUCCUAUUGGACAUUGACGCCGUUCUGGUGGAGUCGUAGCCGGUGCAAGGUCGUCGAAGUUGCCGGAACGAGAAGGUAUAGUACUCAGGCAAAAAUGGUGGAUACGGGAACGGGGACGCUUUAUAUCAUCGGCUCGUUCAAAAGAAUGACGACGGAUCCCGAUUUUAAGUUGUACCUGACGUCGAACGUGUCAUCGAGCGACUUUAACAUGGGCUACAGCAUGACGGGUACGUUGGAACGUGGCUGCAAGAAGACCAACUCCUUCCAGAUGACCCAUUUUGCAGUGAUCCGUCGACGGGACUACGAAAAGGCCUAUGAAGAUCCAAAUCCCACCUAGUGUCCGUCCACACCCACACUAUCGGAGUGUGGGGAUUGCGAACACUAUACGUAGGAGUUGUCAAUCAUCGAUCCAUCUGAUGAAAUUUUACAGGAUGAACCUUAUAACGUUAACAUACAUACAUUUUUUUUUUUUAUUUCAUACUUAAAAUACCAUUAACGGUAUAUAUAACGAAACUCCAACAAAAAGAAAAAGAAUAUUUAUUUUUCAUGGAUAUAACAAUUAUUCAAUUAUUAUUAAUAUAUAAUUUUCAAUCGAAGCAUAAUAUAUAUAUUAACUUGCGAACUUUAUAAAAUUCAAUA